AGAGACGUGUGGGCUUACAGUACUGCGAAAUGUAGCUAAGUUCUGGCACUGGAACAGCAUCAGGUGUGGUGAUUGUGCAGCCGGAGGGGAACACCCGUGGGCGUGUCCAGAGGCGCGCUCACUAGAGUGCACAGAUGGAUGAGAGGCGGCAGGAGUCUGAGCCGUAACAGUACACCCCUCCUUAUGCGAGGCUCCCGACAAGCGUCAAGGUGCAUCAGGGUGAGUCCUGUAGAAGUCCUCCAAAAGUGAUAGGUCAGCGAAGUAGGAGGCCAGAACCCAGGAUCGGUCCUCAGGACAAUAACCCUCCCAAUCCACUAAAUAAACUAAACCCCUAACCUGUCGACAAACCCUAAAAAUCUCCUUGAUCAGGGGUCUCAGACACGCGGCCCGCGGGCCAAUUGCGGCCCGCGAGACGUUAUUUUGCGGCCCCCACCUUAAUAUGAAAGUUUAAUGUUAGUGCGGCCCGCGAGUUUUAAAUGAAUGGCGCUUGACAGCGUUGUGUGCGGAGCUGAAGGAAUCUACCAAUCACGGUGUGGUAUAUGGCUCUCGACAAUAUUGAGGGCGUGCCGUGAUGGUACUGCCUUUAGCGUCCUCUACAACCUGUCAUCGCGCCGUCUUUUUCUCCAUACAAACAGCGUGCCGGCCCAGUCACAUGUUGUAUGUGGCUUCUGCAGACACACGUAAGUGACUGCAAGACAUACUUGAUCAACAGUAAUACAGGUUACACUGAGGGUGGUCGUGUAAACAACUUUAACACUGUUACAAAUAUGCGCCACACUGUGAACCCACACCAAACAAGAAUGACAAACACAUUUCGGGAGAACAUCCGCACCGUAACACAACAUAAACACAACAGAACAAAUACCCAGAAUCCUUUGCAGCCCUAACUCUUCCGGGCUACAAUAUACACCCCCGCUACCCCCACACCUCAACCCCCCACCCCCCCAACCCCCAUCUCCCGAAUUCGGAGGUCUCAAGGUUGGCAAGUAUGCAUUGAACUCACUUGCGUGAUGCAAACAGAGAAACAUUUUGCCACUUUUCCACUAGACCCGCACGCGCUCUUCCUCCCUGCCUCCCUCGCUCGCCUGCCUGCUCGCUCCCACCCCCGGCGCCGCUGAAAACAGUCCGGGCGGGGAAGACAAGCGGUCCGGUAGCUUCCGAAGCACUCCGCCGAAGGACCGAGCGACAAUACAAAACUGUGGUGCACUAGACCCCAGCGCUGAUACUCCGACAGAGAGUCGCUGGGCGAAUCGGACGUGUAACACGUUAGUCGUGAUGUUAGCCCGUUCAGGGCUAAUUGUGCUACCGUAACUGUAAACUCCACUCCAUUUUUGUUAUUUGGGUCCAAAAUACCCCUGCGUUAGUGGAAAAGCGGCAAAUGAGUGAAAGCGACAGAAACGUUGCCAUGGAGAUGAGGGUUUUCUUACGUGCCUGGCUGCAGUCACACCACAACACCUGUCCGUCAGUAAUAAAGUCCCUGAUAACCUGGACCAAUUCAAACCGUUAUUUGUUUUUUUUAUUGUUUAAUUUGCAUUUCCUCACACGAUGAACACUACAUAUAUUUUUACAUGACGCCGGAUAACACUCCGGGAGCCGUCACUUUUUUGCGCUCGCGAUCCCGGUACUUUCCGCCGACCGCCGUGUUGCUGUAGGGAGGAAAAGCGGAACGACACACAUUGCGGAAAUAGCAUUAUUCUCCGUUCGUCGGCUAAAUACAAAUAUAUUCCACAACCCCAAACAUGUCUUUUUCAAAGCCUGCAGUGAAGAGAAAGGUUAGUGAUGAGCCAAGACAAUUCCAGGAAAAGUGGGAGAUGCAAUAUUUCUUUGUUGAGCACAGGGGCACCCCGACGUGUCUUAUUUGCACAGAGAAAGUUGCGGUGCACAAGGAAUACAAUUUGAAACAUCAUUAUACAACUAGACAUGCUGAGGAGUAUGAGAGAGUGAACCGGGUUGCAAAUUUUAAAACCAGUCUACUGAGGCAACAAGAUUUCUUCAAGAAAGCAACCGAAAAGAGCGAUGCAGCAGUCAAAGCUAGCUACAUGGUGAGUGAGAUGGUUGCGAGGGCGGGAAAGCCAUUCAAAGAAGGUGAAUUCAUUAAAAAUUGCAUGUUAGAUUUUUUUAAAGAAAUCUUUUCUUGUGGCCCAGCCUCACUCAGUUUCUGCAUCUGCUGGCCCCCAGGUAAAUUGAGUUUGAGACCCCUGUCCUUGACGGUCCAUACCGGAUCAUCGCUCUCGAGGACCCUGGAAGGGGGGGAAAACAGGGACAGGGGCCGAGAGAGAACUGACUGCCACAGGCUUAAUCUGAGAAACAUGGAAAACUGGCGUGGUGCCAACUUUUGAGAUGAUACCGGAAAGUGAAGGUCCUUGUUACGCACAUCACUUGCUGCCCGGGCUGAUAAGAGGGAGCCGGGGUGUGAUGUUGGUUGGCGCUGCAACGCAUUCUUUCGGAGGCCCUCAACAGAGCAGCGCGGGCGGUCCUCCCGCCACAACGGCAGCAUCUCAGGUGAGCUUCGGUGGAAGGAACUGCUGCUUCGACCGCCUGCUGGUGGAACAGGGGCGGUUGAUAGCCCAAUGAACACUCAAAAGGUGACAUACCUGUGGCAGAACUGGCCAUAGAGUUGUAGGCGUUGGUCGCCCUCCUUGAUGCGGACGAGAUGGUAGGCGUUACGGAGGUCAAGUUUGCUGAAGAUGGUCGCCGGAGCAAGGUGCUCGGAGGACGAACUCAGGAGGGGUAGUGGAUACGUGUUCUUUAUGGUGAUGUUAUUUAAUUGACGUAGUCGAUGCAUGGCCGCAAUGAACCGUCCUUAGCCACAAAGAAAAAUCCUGCUGCCACUGGAGACUUUGAUGGGGUGAUUAUACAGGAUGCGAGAGAGUCUGUAAUGUAGUCCUUCAUGGCUUGUUUCUCAGGAAGGGAAUGGUUGUACAGGCGGCUAGAAGGAAGGACAACAUUAGUUUGAUGGUGCAGUCAUAAGGUCUGUGUGGGAAAGGGAGAGUGCACGUUCCUUGUCGAAGACUGCUGGAGUACCAGGAGAGAAAAAAUGAACCCAAUCUUGACCCCGUCAGAAGCGUAGCGAGACGGUUGAUGUUGGAAAGUCAUCUUGCAUUGGACCAGGAAUCCAUGGCAUAGAUCAAAAUCGCCUUCAAAGGGUCUGGGACUGGCAAUCCUCGGUUCCUGGCAAUAAAGGGGGUUCCCGGGGAGGGUGCAGCAGAAACUGGUGGGAAGUCGGCAUACUCGGGGUUAUGGAGUCCAUUCUAGCGAUGGUUAGGGUUAGGGUCAAACUACCAUCCACACACUCCACUCACCUUGGACAAUCAAACUACCAUCCACAUACUCCACUCACCUUGGACAAUCAAACUACCAUCCACACACUCCACUCACCUUGGACAAUCAAACUACCAUCCACACACUCCGCUUACCUAACACAAUCAAACUACCAUCCACACACUCCACUCACCUUGGACAAUGAAACUACCAUCCACACACUCCACUCACCUUGGACAAUCAAACUACCAUCCACACACUCCACUCACCUUGGAUAAUCAAACUACCAUCCACACACUCCACUCACCUUGGACAAUCAAACUACCAUCCACACACUCCACUCACCUAACAGUCAAACUACCAUCCACACACUCCACUCAUCUUGGACAUUCAAACUACCAUCCACACACUCAUCUCACCUUGGACAAUCAAACUACCAUCCACACACUCCACUCACCUUGGACAAUCAAACUACCAUCCACACACUCCACUCACCUUGGACAAUCAAACUACCAUCCACACACUCCACUCACCUUGGACAUUCAAACCACCAUCCACACACUUCACUCACCUUGGACAUUCAAACUACCAUCCACACACUCCAUUCACCUUGGACAUUCAAACUAUCAUCCAAACACUCCACUCACCUUGGACAAUCAAACUACCAUCCACACACUCCACUCACCUUGGACAAUCAAACUACCAUCUACACACUCCACUCACCUUGGACAUUCAAACUACCAUCCACACACUCCACUCAACUUGGCCAAUCAAACUACCACCCACACACUCCACUCACCUCGGACAAUCAAACUACCAUCCACAAACUCCACUCACCUUGGACAAUUAAACUACUAUCCACACACUCAUCUCACCUUGGACAAUCAAACUACCAUCCACACACUCCACUCACCUUGGACAAUCAAACUACCACCCACACACUCCACUCACCUCGGACAAUCAAACUACCAUCCACACACUCCACUCACCUUGGACAAUUAAACUACUAUCCACACACUCAUCUCACCUUGGACAAUCAAACUACCAUCCACACACUCCACUCACUUUGGACAAUCAAACUACAAUCCACACACUCCACUCACCUUGGACAAUCAAACUACCAUCCACACACUCCACUCACCUUGGACAUUCAAACCACCAUCCACACACUUCACUCACCUUGGACAUUCAAACUACCAUCCACACACUCCAUUCACCUUGACCAAUCAAACUACCAUCCACACACUCAUCUCACCUUGGACAAUCAAACUACCAUCCACACACUCCACUCACCUUGGACAAUUAAACUACUAUCCACACACUCAUCUCACCUUGGACAAUCAAACUACCAUCCACACACUCCACUCACCUUGGACAAUCAAACUACAAUCUACACACUCCACUCACCUUGGACAUUCAAACUAUCAUCCAAACACUCCACUCACCUUGGACAAUCAAACUACCAUCCACACACUCCAAUCACCUUGGACAAUCAAACUACCAUCUACACACUCCACUCACCUUGGACAUUCAAACUACCAUCCACACACUCCACUCACCUUGGCCAAUCAAACUACCACCCACACACUCCACUCACCUCGGACAAUCAAACUACCAUCCACAAACUCCACUCACCUUGGACAAUUAAACUACUAUCCACACACUCAUCUCACCUUGGACAAUCAAACUACCAUCCACACACUCCACUCACCUUGGACAAUCAAACUACCACCCACACACUCCACUCACCUCGGACAAUCAAACAACCAUCCACACACUCCACUCACCUCGGACAAUUAAACUACUAUCCACACACUCAUCUCACCUUGGACAAUCAAACUACCAUCCACACACUCCACUCACUUUGGACAAUCAAACUACAAUCCACACACUCCACUCACCUUGGACAAUCAAACUACAAUGCACACACUCCACUCACCUUGGACAUUCAAACUACCAUCCACACACUCCACUCACCUUGGCCAAUCAAACUACCACCGACACACUCAUCUCACUUUGGACAAUCAAACUACCAUCCACACACUCCACUCACCUUGGACAAUUAAACUACUAUCCACACACUCUACUCACCUUGGACAAUCAAACUACCAUCCACACACUCCACUCACCUUGGACAAUCAAACUACCAUCCACACACUCCACUCACCUAACAGUCAAACUACCAUCCACACACUCCACUCACCUUGGACAAUCAAACUACCAUCCACACACUGCACUCACCUUGAACAAUCAAACUACCAUCCACAAACUCCACUCACCUUGGACAAUCAAAAUACCAUCCACACACUCAUCUCACCUUGGACAAUCAAACUACCAUCCACACACUCCACUCACCUUGGACAAUUAAACUACUCUCCACACACUCAUCUCACCUUGGAUAAUCAAACUACCAUCCACACACUCCACUCACCUUGGACAAUUAAACUACAAUCUACACACUCCACUCAUGUUGGACAUUCAAACUACCAUCCAUGCAGUCCACUCACCUUGGACAAUCAAACUACCAUCCACACACUCAUCUCACCUUGGACAAUCAAACUACCAUCCACACACUCCACUCACCUUGGACAAUCAAACUACCACCCACACACUCACCUCACCUUGGACAAUCAAACUACCAUCCACACACUCCACUCACAUUGGACAAUCAAACUAACAUCCACACACUCCACUCAUCUUGGACAUUCAAACUACCAUCCACACACUCAUCUCACCUUGGACAAUCAAACUACCAUCCACACACUCAUCUCACCUUGGACAAUCAAACUACCAUGCACACACUCCACUCACCUUGGACAAUCAAACUACCAUCCACACACUCAUCUCACCUUGGACAAUCAAACUACCAUCCACACACUCAUCUCACCUUGGACAAUCAAACUACCAUCCACACACUCCACUCACCUUGGACAAUCAAACUACCAUCCACACAGUCCACUCACCUUGGACAAUCAAACUACCAUCCACACACAUAUCAGCAGCUAGUGCAUAUAAAGCAUUGGCACGUAAUUCCUACUGGAAUUGCAAACUCCAGUUCUUCUUAUUUUGUCGCAGGUACAUCUCCUUUUUUUAGUAGCAUGAUAAAGUUGAACAUGAUUUAUUUGAGAAAGUGAAUAUUAUGUGAGGUGUUAAAUAUUAAAAGGCCUCACAAUUAAAUUGAAUUAUGAUUUUUGGGGUGACGAUUUGAUUUAGAAUUGGUUUCAUGAUUCAACCUGAUUUUCACCACUAGUCGAUCCAUUUUAUAAAAACAUUUUCAAAACAGGUUACCAGGGAUACGGUACAAAUUCCCGAUAUAAGUACUCAAAGCUACCAAUAUCCAAUGUUAUUAGAAAAGUAUGGAUUUUGAAUCGAGAAACGUUUUGAAUGGAAUUGUUAUCCCCAAGAACCGAACCGUGUGGCACCCAAAGGUUCACAGCUUGAGUGCCCGAUGGCAGGAUUCGAUCCUGGCCAAAAAAGUACCGGAUUCAGUUCCCAUCCCUGCACAUUUAAAACCUUCUUUAGGUUGCUGACGGGUGACAAUAUUCACCUUAUUUGUGUUGCUUCCCCUUGGAUCAUCAUGCAUUUCUGUCAAUCACACGCUCCCGUUGCCAAAGUGGUUUCACCAAAGUGUGUCUUGCCAAAUGUCACACACUUUCAUACCGACCUACGCCUGGAUGCCACCAACCUUGCUAACGUGACCACAAGGCCAACCGGCUUGAACGUGACCGCCUCCACCACCUUUGCGUUUGGCGGCACGUCUCACUCGUGGCGCUGGAGCCAUAAGGUUGGGCCAAAGAAAAUCAAGAUGGC